AUGCGGAAGCAAAAUUCCACCAUUCAAAAACUUCUCAGAAAACCCAAAAUUAUCUUCCCCGUAGCAUUACUCUUUGCGGAUGCCGUCCUUGUUGCCCUCAUCAUCACCUACGUUCCCUACACGAAAAUUGAUUGGGAUGCAUAUAUGUCACAGGUCAGUGGGUUUCUGGGAGGAGAAAGAGAUUACAGCAAAUUGAAAGGUGAUACCGGGCCUCUCGUUUACCCAGCUGGGUUUCUUUAUGUAUAUUCUUUCUUUCAGUAUGUUACUGGAGGCCAGGUCUACCUUGCCCAGAUUUUGUUUGGCUUUCUCUACAUCGUGAAUCUUGGAAUGGUCUUAUUCAUCUAUUUGAAGACCGAUGUGCUCCCGUGGUGGGCUCUUUCCUUGCUUUCUCUGUCUAAAAGAGUCCACUCAAUUUUCGUGCUUCGCUUGUUCAAUGACUGUUUUGCAACAACUCUCUUCCAUGCUGCACUAAUCUCAUUUCUUUAUCAAAAGUGGCAUCUAGGUUUACUUAUUUUCAGUGGAGCGGUCUCAGUAAAGAUGAAUGUGCUCCUUUAUGCUCCAUCCUUAUUACUCCUCAUGCUGAAGGCUAUGGAUAUUGUUGGGGUGAUAUCUGCUUUAGCAGGUGCAGCACUAGUGCAGGUGCUUAUUUUUCAAUUCUGCUUGAUAGCUUGA